CUGCGCAACUACACAACCUGUCAUUUCCGUUUGAGGAAUGUUGGUUAGUGAUGGUUUGGCGUUGACUAGGCCUAGUAUGUAAACCACGUCCAAAAUCAUUAAGAUUUUUAUUUUAAUCGUUGGGGAAUUGGCUUCUCUUUAGCGGAUAAUUAAAACGGAAUAUAUCGAGUAGCUUAUCAGCGGACAAACCCCCUUUUUCAACAUGCCGGAACGAGAGACUGAGCUCUACUCCAACCCCCUCGCCCCGGAUAACCAUGAGGUGGAAGAUCACCGAUCAGCGCUACAAUCUAAGCUGACCAAUGAGGACUUCAGGAAGCUUUUAAUGACCCCUCGGGCUACUCCUUCGUCCGCUCCCCCGUCGAAAUCCAGACACCAUGAGAUGCCGAGGGAGUAUAACGAGGAUGAAGACCCGGCAGCCCGGAGGCGGAAAAAGAAAAGCUACUACGCCAAGCUGCGGCAGCAAGAGCUGGAACGCGAGCGGGAGCUGGCUGAGAAGUACCGUGACCGUGCGCGUGAGCGUCGUGAUGGCGUCAACAAGGACUACGAGGAGACGGAGCUCAUCAGCACCACGGCCAACUACAGGGCGGUGGGGCCGACGGCCGAGGCGGAUAAAUCGGCGGCGGAGAAGAGGCGGCAGUUGAUCCAGGAGUCCAAGUUCUUGGGUGGUGACAUGGAGCACACUCACUUGGUGAAAGGGUUGGAUUUCGCCCUGCUGCAGAAGGUGAGAGCCGAAAUCACCAGCAAAGAGAAAGAGGAGGAGGACAUGAUGGAGAAGGCGCAGAAGGAAGUGAAGAAAGAUGAAGAUCCAGAACAGAAAAUUGAGUUUAAGACUCGUCUGGGGAGGAACAUCUACCGCAUCCUGUUUAAGGGCCGUCAGAUGGAGCGUAACGAGCUCUUCCUGCCGGGCCGCAUGGCCUACGUGGUCGACCUGGAGGACGAGUAUGCGGACACAGACAUCCCCACCACGCUCAUCCGCAGCAAGGCCGACUGCCCCACCAUGGAGGCCCAAACCACUCUCACCACCAACGACAUCGUCAUCAGCAAGCUGACCCAGAUCCUGUCCUACCUGCGGCAAGGAACGCGCAACAAGAAGAUGAAGAAGAAGGAGAAAGGAAAGCUGGAUGAGAAAAAAGCUCCGGAGGCAGAUAUAAGCAUAUUCGACGACAUCGGCGAUUACAUCCCGUCUUCGUCGAAGAAUAACCGUGACCGGGAGAAGGAGCGGUACCGCGAGAAGGAGCGGGACAGGGAGCGGGACCGGGAGCGGGAGCGGGAGCGGGAGCGGGACAGGGACCGCGAGGAGGAGAAAAGGAGGCACAGCUACUUUGAGAAGCCCAGGGCCGAUGAGGAGGCUCUGGAGAUCGAGAAAGGGCCCGGAUCGGUGAAGGACCAGAUCAAGCUGAUCAACGAGAAGUUUGCUGGUGCCGCGGCCAGCCAGUGGCAAGUCCAGGAGAAUGCCCCGUCCCGUCGCGAGGAGAAGAAGCACGUCGGGGAUUUCUUUGGGAUGUCCAACAGCUACGCUGAGUGCUACCCGGCCACGAUGGACGACCUUGCAGUAGACAGCGAUGAGGAAGUGGACUACAGCAAAAUGGACCAGGGUAACAAGAAGGGCCCCCUUGGUCGCUGGGAUUUCGACACCCAAGAGGAAUACAGCGACUACAUGAAUAACAAGGAGGCUCUGCCCAAGGCUGCAUUCCAGUACGGAAUUAAGAUGUCAGAGGGAAGAAAGACCCGUCGAUUUAAGGAGACCAAUGAGAAAGCUGAGCUGGACAGGCAGUGGAAGAAGAUCAGUGCGAUCAUUGAAAAAAGGAAGAAGAUGGAAGCUGAUGGGGUUGAAGUGAAGAGGCCUAAGUACUGAAGGAUGAUGUGAAUUUUCACGCAGCUUUAUAUAACAAUUGCUUCCAUGCCAGUAAAAAUGAUUUGCAAUUUGAUGCCUUGUAUGAUAGCAUUCUGUGCAUCUCCGGAGGACUGUGUGAUCUCAGUUUUAUAAUUAUAAGAGAAAUGUUAGUGUAUCAGGAUAGACCGUGUUUUACAGCCUUGUACAUAAGUUAUAUUCUGGCAAUUGUUGGUUGUGGGAAAUCCAAUAAAUUGAGAGAUGUGCCCA